GAUGACGCCGCAGUCAUGGCCAAGCUCCUUGCCUCCUUUAGCACCGCCCCAAGCGGCUGGUCUAACAGCACAGACUACUGCAAUUGGACAAACGUUGUCUGCGACCGAGGCCGUGUCACUGAUAUCGAAUUAAUUUCUCAGUCUCUCUCAGGCACUCUUCCCUCGGAUCUCGGCACUCUCACCCAACUCGAGACUCUUUCUCUCCAAGAAAACUCUUUCUCUGGACCAAUGCCCUCCUUUGCCAACCACACUUCUCUCCGAUAUCUCUACCUUGACAACAACAACUUCUCCUCCAUUCCUUCAGGUUUCUUCCAAGGACUCACAAACUUACAGGUCUUAUACUUGAGCGAAAACCAUAAUAUUGCACCUUGGACCAUCCCUACCGAGUUGACUCAGGCCACUAGUUUACUCAGAUUCUAUGCUAGCGAUACAAACAUUUUCGGGUCUUUACCAGAUUUCUUUGGUUCCUUCCCGAAUCUUACGGAUCUCGGACUUGCUUAUAACAAUCUCAGUGGCACUUUACCUCAAUCCUUAGGAGGAUCCAGUAUUCGAAAACUCAGGCUCGAAAGGCAGAAAAAUGGCUUGUCGGGUACUAUCGACGUGUUGUCGUCGAUGACACAGUUGUCCCAAGUGUGGCUAUUCGAGAACGAGUUCACUGGUCCAAUCCCAGACUUGUCAAACUCUACAAGUUUGUUCGAUCUUCAGCUCAGUGACAACCAGUUCACAGGCCUCAUCCCAGACUCAUUGAUGUCAAUUGCCACAUUGAGAAACGUUUCCUUGGAUAACAAUGAGCUCCAAGGGCCUUACCCACAGUUCCCAUCUAGCGUAACUAAUCACACUCUUGGUACCAAUAGCUUCUGUAGAAACACCCCAGGUCCUUGUGAUGACCAAGUGACCACAUUGCUUGAAAUCGCUGCAGCAUUUGGGUAUCCAAGCAAGCUAGCCAAAUCUUGGACAGGUAACAACGCCUGCGUUGGCUGGACUUCCAUUAUCUGCGAUUCGCAGGAUAAUAUUAUCACUAUCAAUUUUGCUAAGCAGCAAUUUGUUGGGACGAUCUCUCCUGCCUUUGCAAAACUCACAUCGUUGAGGAAUUUGUUUCUGGGUGAUAACAAAUUGACGGGUUCCAUUCCGGAUGCUUUGACCAACAUAACAAGACUACAGGUUCUUGAUAUCUCGAACAAUAACCUUUCUGGGUUGAUACCAAAAUUUGGAGAUUCUGUGAACCUAACUACGACCGGUAAUCCUUUGAUUGGGACGAAUGGCACAUCGCCUAGUGGGAAUAAAGCUGGAAUGGGGUCAAGUGGUGCUUCCGUCUUGCCUGGUAUGAUUGCUGGUAUAGUUAUUGCUGUGAUCAUAUUUGUUGUGGUUGUGUUAUUUAUCUCAAUUAAAUGUUAUGUUAGUAGCAGGCAUAGGAAGUUUGGAGGAGUGGUAAAUCCUGAAAAUGGAGGCACAACUAGUGUACCGAAUAUUGAAAUUUCGAUUGAAGUUCUAAAGCAGGUGACCAACAAUUUCAAUGAAGAUAACAUUCUGGGUAGGGGAGGUUUUGGAGUUGUCUACAAAGGAGAAUACUAUGAUGGGACUAAAGUUGCCGUGAAAAGGAUGGAAUCUGCUGCAAGGGGUAGCAAAGGAAUCAAUGAUUAUCAGGCAGAGAUUUCAGUCCUUACUAAAGUGAGGCAUAUUCAUUUGGUUUCUCUUUUAGGAUGCUGUAUCAAUGGCAACGAGAGGCUUUUGGUAUAUGAGUACAUGCCACAAGGGACGUUAACACAACAUUUGUUUGAUUUGGGUGAGAAUGGGUGUUCACCUCUUACUUGGAAGCAGAGGAUUCAGAUAGCGAUGGAUGUGGCACGAGGAGUGGAAUACCUGCAUACUUUAGCUCCCCAAAUUUUCAUUCAUAGAGAUUUAAAGCCUUCCAACAUACUUCUUGGGGAUGAUAUGAGGGCCAAGGUUGCAGAUUUUGGUUUGGUUAAAAUUGCCCCUGAUGGGAAGAAUCCUGUAUCGACGCGAGUAGCUGGGACUUUUGGUUAUCUUGCACCAGAAUAUGGAGCUACCGGAAGAGUGACCACCAAAGCAGAUGUAUAUGCAUUUGGAGUGGUAUUGAUGCAACUGAUUACCGGAAGAAAAGCAGUAGAUGAUACUCUGCCAGAUGACAACCCUCAUCUGGUCACAUGGUUUUGCAGGAUUCUAAACAACAAGGAGAGCAUCGCCAAGGCAAUUGACCAAACUAUUAACCCUGAUGAGGAAACCAUGGAGAGCAUAUACAGAGUGGCUGAGCUUGCAGGACAUUGUACUACUCCCAAGCCAUACCAAAGACCGGAUAUAGGGUAUGUAGUCAACAUCUUAAGCCCUCUUAUAGGGCAGUGGAAACCAACAUGUCAUAAAUUAGAUCACAAAUUUCCCACUUCUCAUGGAGUAGAGGACAUCUAUGACUUUGACCAAGACAUAAGCCUUCCUCAAGAUCUACGAAGUUGGCAAACGAUGUAGAACCAACAACUCUAGUCCAAACGCCUAUAUACAUAUUAAAUUCUUUGUGUAAGAGCCAAAGAUAUGUUUUUCUGUAUUUUUGAUCUUUUUUGGAGUAAUUUUUACUUGUGGAGAGUGAAUUAAUAUGGUAUCUCUGUGAGAGCUGAGACUUCAAACUUUUGUAUUUUGCAUUGCAAGC